AUGAAGGCCUCAAUCUUCGCUCUCGCUCUUGCUGGUGCUGCUAGCGCCCACACCACUGUUUACAGCAUUUCUGUCAACGGAAAGACCCAGGGUCUCGGAAAUGUUGCUGGUGGAUACAUUGACUCUCCUCCCAACAACAACCCCAUCGUUGAUGUCACCUCCAAGUCUAUGGAGUGCAACGUAGCCGGCAUCAAGGCUUCCAAGUCCGUUGCUGUCAACGGUGGUGAUGAGAUUGCUGUUGAAUGGCACCACAACAACGCUGACGCUAGCGACGACAUCAUCGACCCAUCCCACAUGGGACCCAUCACUGUCUACAUGUCCAAGGCUGGUUCUUCCAUGUCAUGGACAAAGAUUGCCGAGGACGGCUACGAUGGCAAAUCAUGGGCUGUUGACAAGCUUAUCAAGGGCUCAUACACUGGCAAGCCAGGACAGCACAAGUUCACUCUGCCCAAGGUUGCACCUGGCGAGUACAUCAUCCGCCCCGAGAUCAUUGCUCUCCACGAGGGUGAUCGCAUUGGUGGUGCGCAAUUCUACCAGGAGUGCAUUCACGUCAAGGUCGGUGGCUCUGGCACUACUGCUCUGCCCGCAGGUGUUGCUAUCCCUGGUCACCUCAGCGCUCAGGACGCUGGUGUCCACUUCAACCUCUACGGCUCAUACUCCAGCUACCCCAUCCCGGGCCCGAAGCUCUGGAACGGUGCCGGUGCUGCUGCCCCUGCUGUUCCUGCUGCCCCUGCUAAGCCUACCACCACCAAGGUCGCCGCACCCGCUGCUACCACCACCAAGGCUGCUGCCCCUACUACUACCAAGGUCGCUACCCCUACUACUACCAAGGUCGCUGCCCCCACUACCACAGCCAAGACCACUCUCGCCACUGUUGCUAAGCCUGCUCCUACUGCCGGCGGUGCUACCGCUCAGAAGUACGGCCAGUGCGGUGGCCAGGGCUACACUGGUGCUACCAGCUGCGCUUCAGGCUGCAAGUGCGUCAAGCAGAAUGACUGGUACUCCCAGUGCUUGUAA